AUGAUUUUCAUCUUCACCCUAGUUGCCUCAGUGGCCUUUCCCCCCCUUACUUUCCAUGCAUCAGUCCAUGCUGCAAAUAUUGAUGAUCUAAAAGGAGCAACUGAUACGUUCAGUGCCGCACUUGGAGAGAGUCAAUAUAACCUCACAGAGGCAGAUGGAGAUGUAGGUGACUUUGCUACUAGACUCUUCGGCUUCGAGGGCUGUGGUGGCUGGGGCUCUCCUCAGCGGAAGGCCAUCUAUUCCGGCUGGCAGCAAGCCUGGCACAUGAUGGAUGCCAUUCAAGGAAAGGAGCUGAACUGGAACGAAGCUGCAGCUAUAGAAUUCUUCGCACCACCUUUCAUCAAUGAGGCAGAGCAACCUGCCAUUAAAGAGAUCAUUGAUACUGUUGUGACGAUCAGAGCUGGUAGCAGUCUCAAUCCGUUUCAAUGGAAACUUCAUGUUCGUUGCGACGAUCCAAGCGAUAUAUGCAAAUGCAAACCAAACACCCAGCUGGCAUACACAACCAACAAAGACCAUGAUACAGGAAAAGCACGUAUCGCAUUUUGUCCCAAUUAUUUCCUCGAACCAGACCUCCUCAAAGUCAUCGAUGAGAAUAGCAAGAAGGAGUUGCCCAUAGAACAUCGCGCAGAUCUCAAUAACUACGUUCGAAACAAAGGACGUGUUUGGUUCCAUGAGCUUCUCCAUGUUGACUGGGCCUCUGGCGUGGAUCCGCGGUACCAUAUCGUUGAUCUCUAUGCUCUAUACAGCCGGAGUGACCAGACCGUCGUCAAGCAAAAGAUUUAUAAUACAGCAAAAACUAAAGGUCUCGCUGCAUUUCACCUCGAUCCAGCUUGGUGGAUUAAGAGAAGUGCUGAUAACUUCGCCAUGUAUGCGAUGGCCAAAACCGUUCAAAAGAUAACUGGCAAUUAUCCUCAUCUUCCCUUUGCCUCAACACUAGAAUGUGUGUACGACAUUCCCCAUAUCGGGCUUAAUCAUGUUACGGCGGGGGACGUAAUGAUUGUGCCUGAAGGUCAAGGCAAAUGUCAAGCCCCUAAUAAUAAGCAUAUUCCUAGAGACAAGAGCCUCGUUGUGCCACUGAACUCUACUGCCCGGCUCUCGAGUCGGAGCUAUUACCCUGAGGACUAUAAUCGCCAAUUACGAGGUUGGUUGGCUGAUUCAAAUCCUCGCCACAACCGUGUUCGCAUUGUGUUAAUGCAAGCUUCGAUGGAACCUCAAUGGAUAGUCCUUCAAGAUACACAUGAAGAGCCUAUCAAAUACUUCUGUCUUGCAGCAGUCCUAACAAAGGUGCCCGCAAAGGGAGGCGAGGACAAUCCGGAGUUUCCGACUGAGCUUCCUGCAUUCGAGGCCCACGGAGCUAAGGGGUGUGUUUAUUCUGGAACUUCUAGCAUUGUAGGUAGUUUGGCAUGUGAGAAUGGUCCUCCCGAUAUUCGAUGCUGGGAGGACCCUGAAUGGAGGGAGAUGUCUUAUUGUGAUGGGGGGAAAUACAUGCUGGGAAUUAAGUGUGACUGGGCAUGA